AUGGACGACUUUUACCUAACUCUCCCGUCGUCUGUUCCAAACCCAUACUUUCGGAACACUUCAUCCUCAUUUGUAACCAGCCUGCCAGAUGUACUGCGGCUGGAAAAGGACAAUUACACCGUGGCAGUUACCGAUUUAAUUUAUCCGUACUCGUUCAAGAAUGUAAACAAGGUUUUGAAAUAUUACAUUCAUUUCAAAGAUGCUCGGCCGCCAGUAUGCGUCCAUUUUCCGGCAAAUCAAUACAAUAAUGUGAACCAAGUGUUGAUGGCUCUGAAUGGAAGUUUUCGAAAACGUCGAAGCGUGCCCGACAACCCGAAUGACGUGAAAAAAUUGCGUGGGUUUGAAGAUGUGUUGAAACAAAAGGAGGCUGACAAGCAGAAAAAGAAGGACGCUGAUGUUGCAGCAGCUGUUGCAGUGCUGAAACAGAAGAAGGAUGACGAUGCUACAGCAAUUGUAGCUGCACAAAGACAAAAGGAUGCCAAAGCAAAAGCAGACACCGAUGCAUUGAAACAAAAUGAGGCCGGCGAGCAGAAAAAAAAGGAUGCCGAUGCUGCAGCAGUUGCAGCCGCCCAGAAGCAAAAGGAUGCCAAGGCGAGAGCAGACGUCGAUGCAUUGAAGCAAAAUAAGGCCGACGAGCAGAAAAAGAAGGAUGCCGAUGCUGAAGCAGUUGCAGCCGCGCAGAAACAAAAGGAUGCCAAAGCAAAAGCAGACGCCGAUGCAUUGAAACAAAAUGAGGCUGACAAACAGAAAAAAAAGGACGCUGAUGUUGCAGCAGCUGUUGCCGCACAGAAGCAAAAGGAUGCCAAAGCAAAAGCAGACGCCGAUGCGCUGAAACAAAAGGAAGCCGACGAGCAGAAAAAUAAGGAUGCCGAUGCUGCAGCAGUUGCAGCCGCACAGAAACAAAAGGAUGUCAAGGCGAGAGCAGACGCCGAUGCGCUGAAACAAAAGGAAGCCGACGAGCAGGAAAAGAAGGAUGAAACUGCCGAAGUGUUAAAACAAAAGUAUGCCGAUAACCAAACACUGCUAGCCGAUUCUGUGAAUAAAAAGGGGCCUGUAACGCCUACAGAAAUGUCCAAUGCCUUAAAGAAUGGCAACGUUCCAACUGCAGAGGUCGUGUCCCGUUUUCUCAGUCUGGACGAAAACGAUUUGCUCAGUGCCCUGACCUGGCAUUUACGACAUCGCCCUCAACAAGAAAUAAUUGAUGCGUUGCUUGCAGAACACGAAAAGCGUCUGAGUACUUUGUCUAGUAUUUUGGAACGCCAAAUUGCGAAAACCGUUGAGCAACAAGAAGCUUUAGACUUGGUGACGACUAGUACAAAACGUGUUCAGUUAGAGCUAAGGGCACUUGCCACAAAAGUUCAAUUGAGUCAAGAUGAUCAAAACCGUCUUGGUGUGAUUGAAAAACAAUUGGUGGAUCAUACCGUCACUCUAAAAAAGAUUGAAAAGGAUUCUCAAAGCGCCCUCUCCCAAUCACUCCUUCAAGAAACUGCUCUUCCAGACUUUUUGCUGCAAUACAAGGCGCUUUUACCGCUUGUGGAUGAGGCCAAUCUUGGUCAACUAGCCAGUUUGAGACAUCAACUUGAUGUGCAGACUACAACGUCUUCGUACGAAUUUGUUCAAUUUAGUCUUGAGAAUUCGCAUCUGCAUUUGAGUUUUGUGGAUCCCGAGGUCGCUCUUGUCGAGUUUGAAAAGGACUGUGCCUACUUUUUGGGCUUUACAAAGUGUAUUGCAAAGGACAACGACAUUGCCCCAAACAUUAUCGACUUUUUUGGAAACAUUAGCACAUUAUACGUUUAUUGUGAUAUUGUGGAUCAAACAAUUGUCGGAAAUUCAAAAUCGUCAUUGUUGACUGUUGUUCCGUGCAAGGGUUCAUUUGGAGAAAUGAUUCAACACUCGUUUCCGGUUCCCCGAUAUCUUCCACUCAUGAAUGGAACUAUUGAUUCCAUAAAGUUGGAGAUUUUGAACGAGUUUGGUGAGCCGAUCCAGUUUGGUUGGGGAAGCACAAUUGUGACUCUACAUUUUCGGCGAAUACAUUAA